ACGAGGAUUGCAUGUACACUAGAGUAAUUUUUACGGGUUCAGACGAAUCUAAUAGUUCAUUGUAAACCCUAUAACUAAGACAAGUAAGGGAUUCGGUGAUAGUUCAAAAAUCAAAACUCAUAUACUAAAAUCUUGACCCGCCUCCGAGUCUCACCAUGGGACUAUAAGCAUGGUAGUGUUGACCUUCUAAUCUGAGUUCAGAACAUUAAGAAAGGAAAGUUGAGUGAUAUUCAAUUUUCAAGAAACACUCCAGAAAGCUACUGAUAGAUUUCCAGUCCCCUGAUUCAUCAGGCAAACUGAAGAGCAAAAUUUGUAUCACUCAAUGGCUGCUCAAAAUUCUCAGCUUCACUUUGUUCUUGUACCCUUAAUGUCCCCUGGCCAUCUCAUCCCUAUGGUGGACUUUGCUAAAUUGUUAGCACAACAUGGUGUAAUUGUUUCUAUAAUUUCUACACCCCUUAACACUGUCAGAUUCAAAUCAGGUAUUGAUCCCUCUAUCAAAUCAGGCCUUCAGAUCAGAGUAUAUGAACUGGAGUUUCCAGCAGUACUUGCCGGCUUGCCCGAGGGAUGUGAGAACAUGGAUUCCUUACCUUCGCGCGAUUCAAUCAGGGAUUUCUUUGCUGCUGCUAGCAUGUUGCAAGAACCGUUUGAAGAAUUGUUUAGUGAUCUUAGGCCCAGUCCUUGCUGCAUAAUAUCUGGGAAAAACAUGGCGUGGACCGUCGAUAGUGCGCGUAAGUUUAAAGUUCCUAGAAUUUUCUUUGAUGGUAUGGGAUGUUUUUCUGCUACAUGCACACAGAAGUUGCAGAGCUCCAAAGUUCAUGAGAACGUGUCGAAGUUUGAGUCUUUUGUAGUACCAGGUUUGCCUCAUAGAGUUGAGCUGACCAAAGCACAGUUGCCUGAAAAUCUGAAUCCAGGCUCACCUGAUUUAGUCGAUGUUCGCAACAAGAUGGUUGCUGCUGAAUCUUUCUCCGAUGGGAUAAUUGUCAAUACAUUCGAGGAACUGGAACUUGAAUAUGUUAAAGAGUUUAAGAAGAUCAAAGGUGGGAAAGUCUGGUGCAUUGGCCCUGUCUCAGCUUGCAACAAAUCGGAAUCCGAAAAGGCUGCAAGAGGCAAAAAUGUGUCUUUGGAACAGAACCAAUGCCUCAAGUGGCUUGACUUGCAAGAACCAAACUCUGUGGUUUAUGCAAGUCUUGGUAGCAUAUGUGGCCUAACAUGUUCACAACUUGUGGAACUUGGAUUAGGCUUAGAAGCAUCAAAUAGGCCAUUCAUAUGGGUAAUGAGAGGAGGGGAGAAAUCAAAAGAGUUAGAAAAGUGGAUUGAAGAAGAAAGAUUUGAAGAGAGGAUUCAAGGAAGAGGCUUUUUAAUAAAAGGCUGGUCUCCUCAGAUUCUUGUCUUGUCUCAUCCAUCCGUAGGUGCUUUCUUAACGCACUGUGGAUGGAAUUCGACUCUUGAAGGGUGCUGCUCUGGCUUACCUAUAAUUACUUGUCCAUUGUUUGCUGAGCAGUUUAUCAAUGAGAAAUUGAUCACACAAGUGUUAGGCAAUGGUAUUAGUGUGGGAGUCCAGGCUGCCGUUACAUGGGGAAUGGAGGAAAAAUCCGGAUUAGUAAUGAAGCGCGGAGAUGUAAAGAACGCCAUUGAGAAGAUCAUUGAUGAGGGUGUAGAAGGAGAAGAUCGACGUAGAAAGGCAAAAGAGAUCGGUAAAAUGGCGAAUAGGGCAUUAGAGGAAGGUGGCUCAUCUUACCUAAACAUUAAGGCUUUGAUUCAAGAUAUUAUGCAACAGAGUUUGAGCAGUGUUGAGGCAAGUUCUUGAUUAUAGAUAUAAAGCAAACAUUUUUUUUCUAAAGAAGGUGAGCCGUGGCGUAACUGGUAAAGUUUUCGUGUAACUAGGAGCUCACGGGUUCAAAUCGAGAAAACAACCUCUUGCAAGGUAAGACUGCGUAUGAGACCUUUGCACCGGGCCGGCCCUUCAUAUAGUCAUGGAUAAAUAAACCCUUUCUAGUAAAUUGUGAUUUGUCAUUUGGGAUACAAUUUAGCUGCUGUGUUUUCAUCUGUCAAGUUUAUAUCAGUAAUCAUCUGUUGUAGUGUUGAAAACUUUUGAGUUGCUUUACAUAAAAGGUUUAAUAAUAUAGUGUAACUACUCUUCCUCCAGCUAAAUGGAUGUUCCCCAUAUUUUUGCCUUUUUUCACUAA